ACCCUAUCUCAGGUACGGAGGGAGGGAAGAUGACGUCUGCUGCAGGUGGAACGCCACCCCAAAACCCUACCCCUACUGCAGGAGAGGCGGAGCGGCGCCGUUCCCCCAUCCGGAAGAAGACGGCGACGAGAACGAGGGAUGCUAGUGGCAAAGAGGAUGUGGUGAUGGAGGAGGAGAAGGAGGGCGCCUUCCUCCUUGGUGAACCGACCUUCUUGAACCUGGGUGGCGGGCGUUUGCGGUGCGUGGAGACGGGGCAUGAGUUGCUCGCCAAGGACGAGGAGGCCUACGGCCGCACCAAGGCCUGCCGCCUCGCGAUCAUCGACGCCGCCGUUGCCCAGAAGAAGCCUCCCCUCAAUAUGUUCCAACCCCACCCCACCUCCAAGUCGCAGCUGGUGUGCAAGCUGACUGGUGAUUCGGUGAAUAAAUCUGAGGAACAUAUCUGGAAGCACAUCAAUGGAAGGAAAUUCCACAAUAAAUUAGAACAAAAGGAAAUGGAGAAGCAUUCCUCUGCAGAAGCAGUGGAGAAAGACACAAAACAGUCAAAGAAGCAAGUGAAGUCAACUCUGGGUUCUCGCAAUAGAGUUCGGAAGAAAGACAUGAACAUGAAUGAUUCACAUACCAAGAAGACAAAGGCAGAUGAUGAUGAUGAUAUGGUGGAGCCUGAAUUUUGGGUUCCUCCUGUUGGAAGUCGCAGGGACCUUGAUGAUGGAAAAGAUCGUUGGGAUCCUCAAACAAACAUGGUUGAUGAGGCAGAUGAUGGUAGUGGCCUAGAUGGAAUAUCUGAAAAAGAUGACCCAGAAACAAUUGAGCUUUCCAAUCGGACUAAGCGAAUGUCAAUAGUUGUUGGCCCCAGCAGCUUUGCUUCAAGGAAGAAGAAGAUUAAGAAGGCUGCAACCCUUCCAAAUGGUAGUUGAAAUAAGAGGGGUUUACAGCAUCAAACUUCACCGGAGGGUUGAUGAGGCUAUUUCCAAUCUCUUGAUGAGGUUAUUUUCGAUCUCAACAUGAAGUGGCGGAUGUGGAUAUUAUUGAAAAAUCUUGGGGACGAUAUCAUAUGUGCAACGAAAGAACAAAGGGGGGGGGGGGGGUGAGUUGGUAACGAAAAAUGAAUCAUGUGUCGUCCGAGUGGAAGUUGGUUGCUUCAUUUUUAUUUUGGUUGAUGGUACCAAUUUUCAUGGAUAGUCUGAAUUCAGGGUUAGGGUUAGGGUUUGGAUCUAAGCCUUAAGGGAUGAUGUGGUCCCAAAAGAAAAUUUUCGUGGAGCGAUGCCAUUCGAUUUAUUGCAGGCAACAACAAAAGAUGCAGAGGAGGAUGUUUUACGUAUCUGAAAAUGACUGGGUGCUUUUGUCGAAGCUCUCAGGAAGGGGGGGGGGAGGGAAAGGUGAAAGACGCGUAGAGCGGUGCAUUGCAGGUGACGACAAACGAUACAAAGGGGGAUGUUUUCUCUCUCUCUCUCUCUCUCUCUCUCUCUCUCUCUCUCGUCUACAACCCCUUGGCGUCGUGGAGGUCUUUGUAAUCAAUUUUCAGUAAAUUUCAGUCAUGAUUCUUCUAAGCUUUCCUCUAAUAAUCUGAUGAGGUUUUGAUCACUUUGUGCAAUAAUUGUCAUCGAGAUUUCGCAUAUGGAUUAAGAUUUUUGAUAGUUUUUAACAGUUGGAAAAUAAGCAAGCAGGGUAUAACCCAUGUAGUCUUGUUUAUUUUAAGCUAAUAUACUCAUACAUGAAGAAAUUAAGAUCUUUUGUUGGUCUA